CCUAUUACAAAGAAUAUAAAUUAUAUUUCAAGAUUGAUUUUACACGCGGCAGAAUGAGCAGCGCCUCAAUGGCGGCCUGCUUCAACUACGGGGACGCGCCUAAUUCCAGCAGAGGUGACAAAAAGGACAACAGCUUGAACAUAAUGGACGCCGGAUUAGCAAUGCACCGUCCGCAAUCGGCUUCCUCCCGUCAAGAGGAGGAACUGAUUCAAAAGAGCACGCGUGCUCUCUCCAAUACCACCGACCCGUUGGAGAAGUUACGGCUCCUAUGUCUCUCUCGUGGCGCUUCUGGAAUCGUCGGACUUGGAAGAGUUUUCCGUCGGAUGGAUGACGAUGGAAGCAAGCAACUUAAUAAGGAGGAGUUCCUCAACGGUAUCAAAGAGACAGGAUUAGAAAUAAGCAAAGACGAAGCCGAGCAGUUGUUUAACAAGUUCGACACCGAUAAAAGUGGCUCGAUCAGUCUCGACGAGUUUCUUGUCCAGAUACGGCCACCGAUGUCAGAAUCGCGUCGCGCUAUCGUCGAGCAAGCGUUUAAGAAACUCGACAAAACAGGAGACGGUGUCAUCACGAUCGAUGAUGUUCGAGGAGUUUAUUCUGUCACUGCACACCCAAGAUACAUGAGUGGUGAGGAGUCUGCUGAUAUGAUUCUGCACAAGUUCCUCGCAAACUUUGAAACUGAAGGCUCUGUUGAUGGAAAGAUAAACCUUGAAGAGUUUAUGAACUACUACAGCGGCAUAAGUGUCUCCAUCGACAAUGAUUGCUAUUUCGACCUGAUGAUGCGUCAAGCUUACAAGCUGUAAUGCUACGUAUAUAUCUGUCUCGCUCUCGCACAUCCGCACGCUUGAGAGCGAAUGAGACGUGUACACUUAUAUGUCAAGUGCACUACUUUCUUGUCCUCUAAUGUCGUUGUAAUAAAUAUUAUUAUUAAUACUUUGUUUGUUAAAUUAUUGUGUGCUACUAUUACGUCUAAUAAAUACUUAUUUUAACUUGU